AAACAAUAAGUGAUAUCCUUUCAUCUUUUGCUGGGGGAACAGUAAUUUAGCUGGUUAAUAAGUUUCAUACCAAGCAUUGAUGCAGAGCAAGAAGAGAUGGCCUAUUGUAAUUUGGGAGCGUGUUGCGUGGUUAUAUGAAAUGAAUAAAUAAGGCCUAUUUCUUAUCUCGACUUCAGAGUAACAAGUAUGAAAGCCUCAGUCAUUUCUGUAGCUGUUUAUAGUCUCUCUCCGCCCUGCUGAAAACACUCAGUAAGCGUAAAUACGCGUAGCCCCCCUCAAAGUGUCUGUGUUUCUCAGCUCUACUGCUUGCUGCUAAUAUUUUUUUGUUGCUGGAUAAAAACCUCUUAUUAAUUAUGACUUCUUGUUUAGCGCCUGGAAAUUGGAAAAACAAUAUACUAGUUCUGGUUUCUUUCCUUCUUUGGGUGUAGAUUGGGUGUUUGACUCUUGCACUCCCCUGUUAGGGCUGUAGCAGGGAGAUAAAGGGAUAAUCUCACAAACCUUAUAUUUUUGCUGUCCAGAGUUAAGCGUUAAAUAAACAUUUGUUUAAAAUGCAACUUGAAAUGCUGGAUGGAAAUUGGAAGACCCUGAACUCUCAUCAGACCUGUUGUCUUUAGUUAACAUGUACAUUUUAAUUCGCUGUAUGUUUUGAUUUCCACGUAAUUGAACUCUAAAUAGUGAUUUUUUUUUUUUCCCCUCUGCUUGAAUUAUCAACUAUAAAAGUAAAUGCAACUGGGUGGAUUGCUCUUGAAUGCAGUGCUAGCUUUUCAAUAAAGGAGUACACUUAAAGGGAGUACUGAUCUCAGUACUAUCUGUAUCGAAAAAGGUUUACCAUGCAGCAGAAUAUGAUAGUUGUCCCAUCUUUGGAAAUAUUCUAGGGUGAAAGGCUAGAAUACUGCUAAUAAACAAGGACCUGGCUUGUGUUUUCAAGGGAGUUCUCGGACUGUGCUAGGGAUACAGGCAGUUCUCCUGUGGUAGAAUGAUGCUUUGCAUUAAGAGGAAUCACAAGUCUGGUUUACAUUGGUGAAAUAUUUGUUAAUAUCUCCCAGAGUACUUCUUUAACUGAUAAUUAAAGCCACAAGACCAAAGAUCAAAUGAUAACCAGUGCAAUACACGAAAAGGAUUCUACUUUUUCUUAAAUUGUUAAAGCGAAGCUCCUUAAAAAGUAAUAAUAAUAAACAAAGAACAAGACCAAAAAUUUGUUUAAGAAAAUACUGGAGUAACUUGCAGUCAUGGUUCAUGUGGUGGUUUUUAACCAUUUUUAGUUUUCUGUAGCUGGCUUUUCACCAGUGAUGCUUAUGGAGUCUGAGUCAUGGAAAAGAUGAGCUGCUUUGGGCAUGGAAAAGAUGUCUAGUCAGUAUGUGAUGGCAAAGUUGUUAGUGUUGGCAGUGGUUUUAUUUUUCUUAAAAUAUCCUUAUUUGGACAGCAGUGACUAUGAGCAAUAACAAUUUUCUUAAAUGGAACUGGCCUCUGCUGCCACAUAGAGUGAUUCUCUACUGACAAUGAAUGAAGCUUGGUUUUACUCUUGGCAAUGUGGUUGGGAUGUAUCUGGCUCAGAACUACGAUAUUCCUAACAUUGCAAAGAAGCUUGAAGAUUUUAAGAAGGAUGUGGAAGCUAAGAAGAAACCUCCCAGUGACAAGUCCUAAGACAGCAAUGUUACCCAGGUCACCUCUGUGCUUGCAUCAAGGAUGCAAUUUACCUUUCAGGCAACAAAGAUCAAGUAGAGGGUUGGCAUGGGAGGUUUUUCCACUUUUAGUCUCCUAGAACUGGAAUGUCCUUCUUUUGAAAGAGCAGCUGUGAACUUUUCCUGGGGCUGAUUUUCAAGGGUUUCAGAAUUUGGAUUUGCAGCUGAUAUGUGACUGGUUAAGAUCGUUUGUAUUUUUUGUUAUUCCUUUUCGUAAUAUUUUGUAACCCAUUUUUACCUGAUCCAACUGGAGUCCUGUUACCCCUGUUACCAUGUGUACCUCACACUUUUAAUACCCUAGUCCUUAGAACAUUGCAAAAGAAAUUAAAUGCAUCAAGAAGUAACUUUUCAGGGUUUCUUGUCAUUUAUUGUGAGCAGCAGUGCUUCACUGUCCAUAAGAUCUGCAUUGAAAUUGGAGAUGGGAAAGUUCAUUUGUCAAACUAUGAAUCUGGGGGGGGAGGAGGGGAGCUCCUGCUUUUUCUAUUAUGAUAAAUGAUCACUUUCAGCAGUGUAGGCUUUGCACAAAUAAUGGCUGAUUUCAUAAAGUGGAAAAGACCAUCAACUUUAAACUAAGUUUCAAAUUAAUUUUUUCUUCUAUAUCUUCUUCUUUCCUUUCUACUUGGUUGCUUGAGGAUGUCUCUGGAGUGAUGGGGAGGAUAGGAGAGGGAAGAGUUAUCUUCCAUAAGUGGUAAUCAGGGCAUGUGGAAGUCAUCAGUUAUGUUGUGAAUCCAAACCAUUUGCUUAAUGGUCCCAUUUGUGUAAUAGGUCUAAGCGUGCUUUUUUACUGCCUCUUGGUGUGGAACAAGGACUAGAGCUCAGUAUUUCUAUCAAAUGUGUCUGGUAUUCCCAUUACGUCCUCAUUCCUGUACAUGGUCUUCAGCCCAUUGCCUUUGUAUUUGGUUCGGUUGUCUACCACGUAUUUUCUUAGGAUUAGAAUCAUUUAUCUGUUGUCCCCCUUAUUGUUUGUCUGGUAUGCUCUUCUUCACCCUUUGCUGCCACUAAAAACCCUGGUGUGUGAGAAAAUACAUGUCAUAUUGUAGCACUGUCCUCUUCUGUUUGAACAAAAGCAAAGUCUGCAUUUGGAAACCAUAGUUUUGCACAAAUUUUGUUCUGAACUCUGAAGAAAAUAUUUCAGUAAUUUGAAUAGAUGCAAAUUUUAUUAAUUCAACAAUUUAUCUUUUUUUUUUUUUUCUGUAAAAUAGAAGAGUCCUAUCAACUCUGUAAAGUGGCUUAAAUCACUGAGUCCCCCUUGGCAAUCUUUUGCAGGACGUGAAGGACAGAGAAAAGCACCAGAAAGAUAUUCUCCUUGCUAUUAUUAACAAUGCCUGGUGAUGAACUGCUAUGGACAAGUAGGAGGAACAAGCACAGAGAAUGACCUCCUCCAGUCUUUCAGGCUCUUGAUUUAAGCAUACCUAGAGUGCUUCUCCAUUAGUGUUUUAGUUAGGAUAAGGGUUGUGCCUUCAAAGUGAAUUGUCCUUUUACCAUGUUUUCAUUCUCACCAUGGGAAAACUAUAGAGCAUGUAGACAGGAUUCCUUUCAGAAAAGACUAAACAAGAAGAUGUGCUUUGAUCUUUAAUGGGUGUUUAGUCCAUGAGACAGGCCUAGAGACAUUUGGAGGGAAAAUAUCCCAAUCUUUGGGCACUAACUGUUUUGCUCUGUAGACCCAGUGGACUGUGCUGUUUGAGCCAAACAUUGCAUGAAAGCUUUUAAAUACAGGACUCCCCAUGUGCCAGUAUGCCUAUGUGCCUCUUAUAUUGUGGAGCCCAGAGUUGGACAUAGCAGUUCAGAUGUGUUUCACCAGGGCUAAGAAGAGGGGCAGGAUCACCUCCUCCCUCAGCCUGUAGAGGAUGCUCUGCCUAAUGCAGCUCAGGGUGCUGUUGCCCCUCUUCGCCUCAAGGGCAUGUUGCUGACUCAUGUUUAACUUGACUACCAGGACCCCCAGGUCCUUUUCUACAAAGCUGCUUUCAAGCUAGUCAGUUCCAGCUUGCACUGGUAUGUGGGAUUAUUCCUCCCCAAAUACGGGACUUUGCAUCUCCUUUUGUUGAACUUCAUGAGAUUCUCAACGGUCCAUUUCUCCUGCCUGUGAAGGUCCUUCUGACUGACAGCACAGCUAUCUUGUGCAUCAACCACUCCUUCCAAUUUCGUAUUGUCUGCAAACUUGCCAAGGGUGCACUCUAUUCUAUUGUCCAGCCGUUAAUAAAUAUGCUGAUGUUCAAUAAUUCAAUAUUGGCUCUGGUAUUUUCCCCUGGGGUACACCACCAGAGACUGGCCUCCAGCUGGACUUUGUGGUGCUGACCACAACCCUUUAAGUCCAGCACUUCAGCCAGUUUUUGAUCCACUUUACCACUUACUUAGUCCAUGCUUCCUCAAUUUGUCUGUGAGGCUGUUGUGGAAGGCUAUGUCAAAAGCCUUACCAAACAACCUACAUUGCUCUCCCCUUAUCCUCCAAGCUAGUAAUUUUGUUGUGCAAAUGCCAGACUGGUCAGGCAUCAUUUCCCCUUCAUUAAUUCAUGCUGAUUACUCCAAAUCACUUUCUUGUCCUUCGUAUGUUUGGAAACCACUUCCAGGAGGAUUUGCUCCAUCACCUUUCCAAGGAUUGAUGUGUGACUGACCAGCCUGUAGCUCCCCAAAUCUUUCUCUUGAAGAUAGGAGUGACAUUUGCUUUCUUCCAGUCCUCAGGGGUAUCCCUGGAUCACUGUAACCUUUCAAAGGCAAUAGAGUGGCCUCACAAUAAUAUCGGCCAGCUCUCUCAGCUAUUCUUUAGUUUUCCUUCUGCAGCUGGUGUGCCUAUAGAGGCCCUUGGCUCCUGAUUUUGUAACAAGAAGGGCCUCUAUAGGCCUCCCAGGCUGGCCAGGGCCAUUAAGGCACUCAGGGACCUGGCAUUGUCUUUCCUAACCCCAUCUGAGUCAGUUAAAUCACUAGUACCUCCAGCCACCUUCUGUAAAAAUGGGUUAUUACUCAAGUGCAGGGAAAAGUGUAAUGAAGCCAACUCUUUAUGUUUUUACAUUAGGUAGCAUCAUCUAUAUCAGAAAGUUUUAUUAUGAAUUCAGGUAAAGGUAUAUGACUCCUGUUAAUAUAGAGUAUGACUCUUCACAGUGAUUUGGUGAUCUGGCAGCCCAGGACAUUUCUCAGUGGUGAUGCUACGGGGAGUUGUGGUGUCACUCAAAAAACAUACGGCCUUUGUGAAGGCAGGAUUUUUCCACUGUGGUUCUCCUUUGUGGUUUGCCUUUGUCCUGUGGUGCUGGCAGCUGUGUGCACCACCAGCUGUUGCAACUCCUCUAUGCGUGCUUUCUUGGAGAGAUUUGUUAUGCAUGCUGAGCAUCUGGAAAUGUCCUUUGAAGGGCCCAGGCUACUGUUGGUCCACAUUACAGAUGACCCUUAGAUUACUGGUGAAAUUGAAAUGUUGCAAAGGAAGAAAUUAGAACUUUCAAAAUUAAUAAGGUGCUGGCUUCAUAAGCCUAGAUUAUACUUGUGUUUGCAGAAACAUAAUUGUGAAUUGGUAUUUGUAUGUAAAAAUCAAUAUCAGCUGUAUGUGAUGUAGAAUUAUUUUGAAUAUUAGGAAGUGAUGGUGGAUAUUGGAGUGCAUAUGUUACUGGCAAUCUCUAUAGAGAAAUUUCCUGUACAGCUCUUUUUAUUUUUGCCUCAGAGAGACAAGAAGGAGAUACUUAGUUCUAUUUGUUACACUUCUCAGUGGUAUAUGCUAACCUUUACUUUACAAAGUCCCAAGCCAAGGUCAUCUUUAUUGAAUUUGUACUGAGAUAAAAUAGCUAUGGAGGUUAUUUGCUUUUUCACCUGAAACACGUUAAUCGCAGAUGGCCAAAUUUACUUUCUUUCUGCCAAAGUCUUUAAUACAUCUGGAAAAUACCUAAAUAACCCAUUCCUGUAAAUCACCAACUCAAACCAUAAAUUCACUAGUAACUUUCCUACCCUGUGAGCCCAAAUGCUGGGGUGGAACAAAAUGUUGGUUUUCUGUGUGGAAACAGAGAUUCUGCAACCUUUUCAUCACACUGAUUAGAGCCCUUCUCUGACAACUGCACCUUUGGGUUCAAAGAUGCAACUACCAAAGCAGUAAGAUACUAAUCAAUGUAUGAAAAAGAAUAUAAGGGCUUGUUUUAAAUUCUUUAAAUUCUUAAAUUAUUAUUCACAUUUUCUGCAAACCAGAGAGAACUGAACAACCUGUGUGCAAGUAUUAAGUACAGAUUAUCAUAGAAUCAUAGAAUAUCUCAAGUUGGAAGGGACCCAUAAGGAUCAUCAAGUCCAACUCCCUGUUCCUCUCAGGACUACCUAAAACUAAACCAUAUGACUAAGAGCAUCGUCCAGAUGGUCCUUGAACUCUGAUGCUCUGCUUUUUUUCCUGAGAAAUAAAACAUUACUCUGUCAGCUACAGAAUGAAGAAUUGUUCAGUGUAAAUCACCUCAGUUUACUUCAGUGAAAUUGCCUGGGUUUUAUGUCACUGUGAAAAAAAUAUACAUGUAACCGUAACAGGAUUCUAGUAAAAGGUAAUAUAAAACUGUAAGAUAAAAUAGUAUACUGCCACUAGUUAAUGUGAUUAUACUUUUUGGAUAGGAAUUUGAAAUUCUGGGCUGAAAGCAGAACUUUUGUUUUUAGGACCUGAUGUAUGUGUUUAAUGUUGAAAGCAUCUGGAAAUCACUUAAUUUGAAAUCAGACUUCUCUCCCCUCAGCUUUGGUUAUUGAUAGAGACAAGUCUGAAGUUGAGUGACAGUAUGCUAUAAAUUACUGGUGAAAAUUUCCUACUUCUUUGUCCACUUGCCAUUUAGUUUAAUUAAAAAAAAAAAAGCAGCAAUCAGCACCCAUUGCUGCCACACUGAGCCAUGCAGCUUGCCCAGUCCUAAGCUUGUUUGUCUGUUGCUAUUUUCCUUUGUGAUACUCAGAUUCUGCCCCUAAAUAUUUUCUCAUGUACUUUCUUAUGUCUUCAGUGAAGUGAAAGGAAUCAUACAUGUACAUCUAAGGGCAGAACCUGGCUGUGGUGCAUGCACUGACUGAUCUGAUAAGGAAAAAGGGCCAGCACAGCACGCUGCCUUCCUGCAAAUGCCUGGUGGGGCACGGCAGUGACAAGUGCCAGCAGCUGUGGACAUGGAAGUGAGCUGAGAGGACCAACACAGGAGGGAAGGCUGCUGGGGAAACUCCUUGCCUGAGUCCACUCCAAAUUUCUCUGUAGCAAUCUUGUGAGACACAAACUAUGCCAGAGACUCAUGGAAAUCUUUCUGAAAAAAAAUAUUGCUGGAGAAGCGCAAUGCAGCCCCAAGUAAUUUCCAUUUCCCUAGUGCUAUUGGUGGCCACCCUAUGUGAUUUGUGAGUAAUCCUAGAUCUCCCUAAAGCUGAUUGGCAUGCCAGCUGCUCGUCUCUCUUGCAAAUGAGAAUAUCCCGUGUUCAUAUCCCCUGGGAAAUGUAUGGGAUAGCAAGGCCUGAUGCGAGCUGAGCUGAGCUAAGAAAUAAGAAUUAGGGGGUGAAGAGUGAUUUGUUGCUGAGCAGCUAGGCAAUUUGAAGAUGGUGGUGGAUGAAGCGUGAAGUGAAAAGGAUUAGAAGACGAGUGCUCAGUAAAAGGCACAGAGCAACUAAAGCCUUGGGAAGAGCAAGCUGGAAAGAGUUUCUUGGCAGGGGAGAAUGACUGGGGACUGUGAACAGAGAUGUCCUGCUUGCUGUGCAUGGGGACAGGACCCUUGGUACUGCAGACACCCCCACCCACUGAGUUGCUUGUUCCUGGAGAAGGUUGCCCAUGUUGGUGGACAGGCGUUGCAGCCUCUCUCCUGCUUCAGCGGCUUUGGUGCUGGGUGCAGCUUGCUGGGGGACUGCAGCUCAUGGCGGGAGGGAGGACGGGGGCACCUCUGCUUUGAGCACUGUGUCGGGGUCUGCACCCAGCAGCAGCUGGGGAGCAGGAAGACACCCAGGGAUUGGAGCUGGAGUGAUGUAGAUGAUCUGGAUCCCAGAGGAAGGUGUCAGUUUUAUAUGCUGGGGUGCAGCAGAGCAGCAAGCUCAGGAUAGGGAGAACACAGGAACUGGGGAGGUGAGAAGGGUUGAAAAAGUGAGGCUGAGAUCUUCUUUCAUGGAUUAGGAGGGCAUGGGGAUGCACUGAGCUAUUGAUUCACAGAAACACUUUGUUUUCCAAAACCAAAUUUACAGGAAGUACUACGAAUAGAAGGUGUUUUGCUAAAGGAUGCUGCUUGCUGCUUUUGGUACAAGGGCUGAGAUGUGCUUUUGUGAUUUGCACGUUUUGCUUCCCCCUGCCUACCUAUGACCUCUUACUGUAUCAGUUUAUUUCCAAGGCAAGUCUGUGGGAUCCCUCUGUUUUGACACAAGCAGUAAACCAACACCUCCCGCUGUCUCAACACUACCUCCCUAAGGGCUUGGUGGGUUAUGUGGUGAAAUAUAUCCUGUUUGUAUUCUCACAGAGCACCAGAAUAUGCAGUAGUGAAUAAUUCAUUUUAUUGACAUUUUAUGCAUGCAGAAUAGGCAUUCACACUAACAUCUAGAGAGCCUAGAUUAUAAGUGGAAAGCAUAAAAAUUCAUUAGUGUAUAUAUGUAUAUAUAUAAAAAAAGAGUGUGAUUACAUGUGAUCCAAUCAUCCUAAUACACAGCUUAAAUGCACUGACAUUAAAGAAGAGAGAUGCUAGA